UACUUGUGUCUUGUUCUUGCUGUGUAGCAAACUGUCCUGAACGUUCCAGCGAAUAGGUUUACGCUACAAACCAUUAACCAUCAUUAAUUGGUCAUUCUUGAGCCGGAUCCUUGGAAUCGACAUUCACCGAGGGGAAAAGAGACACGCCGAAAGACUGAUGUCAGCAAGGAUUUAUAGAGGUCCUGCAGCAAAGCCCCGAGGCGUGAGAAUUCGUCAUCGGGCCGGUGGAUUAGCCGUCUGUUUUUCUCCUCGAUGGAUGGUGAUUGACGGGAUUCGGGACUGAUGCUACUCGCAAUGAACAACUCCAAGUAAGUUUAGAGUCCAUCUCUAUAACUGUACGUCUUCGCCGCUCAGUGGGGCGUUGUCUGUGGCCGCUUAGUGGGGCUAAAAUUCGCCGUCUUAGUGGGGCAAUGUACAAAGCCGCUCAGUGGGGUUUUUUGUACAGAAGCAUUAAGUCGCAGAGUUGCGCAGUUCGAACUUUUUUGGUUCGCCAUCUUAGUGGGGCGAAAUACGGACCGCUUUGUGGGGUCCUGUAAUACUUUCUCCGCCGCUCAGUCGGGUGUUGAGAAGUUCCGCGGAGUCCAUUUGUAGUGGACAAUAGGCCUAUUCUUUGUUAUUGUCGUAGUUGUUGUUGUUGUGGUUGUGAGUAGGGCUGAACGAAAUAUCGCAUUUGCCAUAAUAUCGCGAUAUGAUCAAGUGCAAUUUUCUAACCGCAAAGGCUGCGAUUAUACUCUGUUUACGUGACAUGCGCGAGUAAAACAUGUGAUAUGAUCAAACGAGAUUGUCUAACCACAGAGGCUGCACUCUGGUCACGUGACACGGGGAGCAAAGUUUUGAAACAGUCUACCGAGAGUGAACUAGCAAGCAAAGCUGUAGCCUACACAAUGGCCUCAGGUUCAACAGAACCAGAGCCUGCGGGGAUGCUAGUACCAAAGAGGAACUGCACAUCGGCCGUGUGGGAAUAUUUUGGAUUUAAAAGAGAUGAUGUCGCACAGAGUCAGGUACUGUGUAAAACCUGUCUUGGUAGAGUUUCUACAUCUCGGGGAAACACUACAAAUUUGUACCAGCACCUUAAGACUCAGCACAAAACAGAGUAUGAUAGAUGUAUGGCUAAAAAAUCUAGUAGUGUGCAGAAUAAACCUAGUAACGUUACUCGGCAAGGAUCACUGACCAAACUGUUUGAAGGUGUUACGCCAUAUGAACGCACUUCAAAACGGCACGUGGAAAUCACCAAAGCAGUAACCCACUGCAUCGCGAAAGACAUGAUGCCCGUCAAUACGGUGACCAAGCCUGGGUUCAAUAAUUUGGUAACUACACUGGAUAAGAGGUACAGAAUGCCCUCCCGCACGUAUUUCAGUCAGACUGCAAUACCUGAGCUACAUAUGCAAUGUAGGCGGAGGGUUGCAGCGGAGUUAAAGGCUGUUGAGUUUUUUGCGGCGACAACAGACAUGUGGUCAAGCCGUACAGCAGAGCCCUAUCAAAGUCUGACGGUGCAUUACAUUACCAAAGACCUCCACCUCGAAGCUCGCAGCCUACAAACGGCCUACUUCCCCGAAGACCACACAGGGGAAAACAUUGCUGCUGGCCUGAGAGAGGGGCUUGCGUGUUGGGAUCUCCCUGAAGACAACCUUGUCUGCAUAACGACGGACAACGCGUCAAAUAUGGUGAAAGCAGCAUAGCUGAAUGAAUGGACCAGGCUCCAGUGUUUCGGACACAGAUUACAUCUUGCUAUUGAAAAUGCAAUCAAAGAUGGUAGAGUAUCAAGAGCAAUUGGGCUGUGCAAGAAGUUGGUGGGGCACUUCUCGCACAGUUGGAAGAAAAAGGCAGCACUCACUGAGGCACAGAAGGAGCUUAAGCUUCCUGAACACUCUCUCAUUACUGAGUGCCCUACAAGAUGGGGGUCCAAAGAGAAAAUGAUUGCCAGAGUGCUGGAACAGAUGAAAGCCAUAUCGCAGGUAUUGACAGGUGACCGACAUGCACGCUCCCUCAUCCCAACCUGGCAGGAUGCUGAAGUGUUGGAGUCCAUUCAUAAGGCACUGCAUCCUCUCUCCGAAUUUACUGAUGCUCUUUCUGGAGAAGAGUAUGUGAGCAUCUCCUACCUCAAGCCAGUUCUCCAUCUUCUGGCAACAUCAGUCUUGGCUGAAGAUGCUGAGGACACUGAUCUGUCUAGAUCAAUUAAAACCAAGGUCCUGGCAUACCUCAACGACAAGUAUAGUGACCUCAACACCCAGGAGCUUUUGGAUGUUGCGUCGUUCAUGGACCCUAGGUUCAAAACGCAAUACAUCAGCGCAGACAACCUUCCUGCCAUUAAGGCCCGACUGAAGACAGAAAUGGUGGAAUCGGCUAGACGUACACAUAAUCAGGUAAAUCCUUGAAAAUUAUAUUUCCACAAACACAUAAUAUUUAUAUAUAAGCUAACUGCAAAACUAAUGUCUCUCUUCCCAUCUGGCAGGAGAAGAGGUCUCGCACUGAAACUGCUCAAAAUUCUCCAAGUGCACAGGCCUCUGGGGGAAAGGCAAAGAAGACUCUUGGUAGUCUUUUUAAAACCAGUGCGGCCUCUUCAGCUUUGCCUCUGCCACUUGAAGAUGUCGUGGAGGCAGAGUUGAAUAGUUACCUGUUGACCCCUGUCAUUGACGGAGAGGAUGAUCCCUUAGCCUGGUGGAAGGUGCACAACAUUCACUUUCCAUGACUGUGCAAGAUGGCCCGCAAAUAUCUGUGUGUGCCAGCCACAAGUGCCCCCUCAGAGCGUCUGUUCAGCACUGGAGGGAAUAUAGUGACCUGCACUCGCUCAUCCUUAAAGCCAGCAAAAGUAGAUAUGCUGGUCUUCCUAGCAAAAAACCUGUGAGCUAGGAUGAUUAUGGCUAGCUGAGCCAUACUCAUUGUGCACUUUAGUUUGUGCUGUGUUGCUGUUACUUACUGCAGAUAAUCAAGAUGUUCAGCCAGUUUUAAUUUAAAGGCGUGUUUGUGUGUGUGUUUAUACAAUUGCUAUUAUGUUUGCACUUUAUGUGUAAUGUUACUGACUGCAGAGAUCAGUAAGAUGUGUGUAUUUUUUAUUUAUUAGUUUUAUUUAUUUAAUAUUAUUUUUUAAUUUAAUGACUGUCUAGUAGUUCACAGAUGUCGAAAAACUGAGUGUGGUAAAGCCACUGAUUUUUUUAUGUAUAUUUCUGCAAUCUGCACAUUGUACUGACUUUCAUUUUAAUGUUUACACCAGGGUUCCUUGUCAGCACUUUAUGCUCAGAUGUUUGUAAGCUAAAAAUAAACUAUUGUGUAUGUUCAAAUAUACUGUUGUGAUUGAAGAAGUUAAAUAAAAAUGUCAGUCAUCAA